GUGCCCGCAGGUGUGUGCGCCCGGGCGGGGAAGAUGAAGGUGGUGGAGGAGCCGAACACGUUCGGGCUGAACAACCCGUUCCUGCCGCAGACGAACCGGCUGCAGCCCAAGGUGUCUCCGUCGGCGGUAUCAGGCCCUGCACAUCUCUUUAGGCUUGCUGGCAAGUGUUUCAGUUUUGUGGAAUCCACGUACAAGUAUGAGUUUUGUCCUUUCCAUAAUGUCACUCAGCACGAGCAGACUUUCCGAUGGAAUGCCUACAGUGGGAUUUUAGGAAUCUGGCAUGAGUGGGAAAUUGACAACAACACAUUUGUUGGAAUGUGGAUGAGGGAAGGAGACUCAUGUGAAACGAAGAGCAGACAGACAAAGGUUCAUCUUGUUUGUGGAAAGAGCAAUAAAUUGGCUUAUGUGUCUGAGCCAAGUACUUGUGUUUACUCUCUGACAUUUGAGACUCCUCUCGUGUGCCAUCCUCACUCUCUUUUAGUUUAUCCAACUCUGACUGAAGCACUACAGAGGAAGUGGGAUGAAGCAGAGCAGCUUCUCUAUGAUGAACUAAUAACUGACCAGGGUUACAAAAAAAUGCUGAAAGCAAUUUUUGAGGAAGCAGGACUUCUAAAAGCAACAGAAGAAAAGGAAGUUGAGAAACACGAUAAGAAAACAAGUCUGGAAUUUGAAACAGUGGAAAAGUGCAGUAAGGAAUACAAGCAACUUUCUGAAGAAAUAAAAAGACUCCAAGAUCUGUUAGGCCAGCAUGGUAUUGCCUACAGAGGGAAUUCUGCUGGAAAUACCACUGUUGAGCAUGUGAGUGACAAACCAGCAGCUGCAGUGCCCACAGUUCUUCACAGGUCAAAGGAUGAUGAGCACCUGCACGGCGACACGGGAACUUGGAAUUACACUGGAUGAACUGUGGUCCAUGUGGAAUGUGUUAUAUUUAACAUGCAUCAGGCCACCAGGGUGA